UACGCCACGCCUGUAUCGUUCUCAAGCUCUCACCCGCUGUCGCUAGUUUCAGGCCUUGGUGCCUUUAUUUGUCUUGUAUUCUGGAGCUAAGGAGUCGGUAGAGCGCCUGAACUCUCUCCUGUACCAAUACCUGUAAGAGUUGUCUCUCUCCUCUUUGUCGUGGGCGCCGUCUACUCUCCGAAGUCGUUGUCUCUGACUCUCACCAUCCUGUCGCAUCGCUGUUUUCUGUCCGUCGGUACUCCAAACAUCCUGUCAUAUCCUGAUCUCAGAAAAGUGCAACAAAGUUUUUCACCCCACACUUUUCGUGAUUUGAGACACUCCAGCCAUGCCUGAAGACGACUUUGACAUCUACGGAGAGGACGAGGGUCUCAGCCCCAUUAAGACUGAGGCGGAUGAGCGCGCCCGUGAAGGCGCGGAUUCUCAUGAAGAACAUGCUGAACAACGCUCAAGUUCUCCCGUGACUGGCGAGAAGAGACAGAGGGUGGAAGAUGAUACUGAUCACCAGGAACCUCCCGCUGGCAACCAAGGAUCAGACGACAUGAACGUCGGUCCCGACCAAGACUACAAGCCGAACACUGUGACGGACACGAGGAGCCCCAACGGCACUGGCAGUAUGACCACUAUUAAUCAGACGAUGAAUGGCGCUGGAGCUGGACAGGGCGCGUUCGACGCAUUGUACAUUGGGGAUCUGCAAUGGUGGACAACUGAUGAGGAUCUUCGGCAAGUCGCUCUCAAUGUCGGUGUGAACCUUGACCACAAGGACAUCACAUUUUCUGAGCACAAGGUCAACGGCAAGAGCAAAGGGAUUGCGUACGUUGAGUGCCACAGUUUCGAGAAUGCAAGCGCGAUCAAGAACUGGUUUGACAAUAACGAUUUCCAGAAUCGCCGCGCAAGCGCGUCGUUCACCAGCUCCCAACAGGGCAAUCCGUUCAGGACGCUUCCCAAAGAGCCACCCCCGCGUGAAUACAGGAACCAAGGUCAAGGUGGAGCACAGGCCCACACCGGGGGAGGACACGCAGGCCGUGGUGGCGGCACCUUCCGCGGCGGCGUGAGCAACCAGAUGGGAAUGGGCAACAUGGUGGGAAUGGGCAUGCGCGGUGGCAUGAUGGGCGGCGGCGGCGGCAUGAUGCGGGGCGGGAUGCCCAAUAUGAUGGGCAUGGGCAUGGGAGGAAUGGGCAUGGGAGGCAUGAACGCCGGCUUCGUCGGGAACGCCAUGGGCGGCGGUUUCGGUGGGCGAGGCGGCAUGAUUCCCCAGGGUCCUCGCGGAGGCAUGAUGGGCACUGCCGGCUACAGUCAGAGAGGAGGAGGCAUGAUGGGCGGUAUGGGGAUGGGCAUGAUGCCUAUGGGCGGUCGAGGAGGAUUUUCGAAUGUGCAAGGACAUUUCAAUCCUGCCUUCAUGCAAGGUGGCGCCAGCACAGGCCAGUUCAGUCCUGACGGACCGAGGAAGAGGUUCAAAAUGGAGGAAAGUGGUUGACGGGUCGAUCUCCCAGGCUGGAGCGUUACGCUGUUUUCUCGCGUCCAGUUGUUUAUUUGUUGCUCUUCUCGAACUUUUAUGUCAUUACAGGUCGUACUGUAGAUAUUAAUGUACAGAAUCGCGCAACAUGCCAGACUAUACGGAAUAGUCCGAAGCAUCAGUGUCAUUGCAGGUCGAUGUAUGUACAAAGGUGGAUGUAUAGUAUGGCAAGCCCUGCCUACGAGCAUGAAUAUGCACUGGAUAUCCAAAAUCCUGCACGUUUAACAACAGAACUCAUGAGAAAACAUGGUAUCAUGCAAGAAAGUCAAUGAGAGGACCAACGAUCACACAUUAUCAUAGUCUCCCCACCAUCCGAGGCGAUUGAGAAGCAGCAAUGAAGAAUCGCGCGUACUUUAGCUGCUGAUGCGUUGCUUCUCUCGCAAUUCCUUUUCCCUGC